AAGUGUUUUACUGAAUAUUGUGAAACUUACUUUGCUAUAGGAGCCGUGCUGGCUAUUUGUCGAAAUGGCAGUAACAGUUUUAGUGAAAAAGUUUCAAGUGCCCAAAAGUAAAAGUGAAAAAUUGGUGAAGGUCGAAUUCAGAGGUGUUUCUCAUUUAACAAAAAUUGUGGAAGAAGAUGGUCUCGAAACAAUCAAUGUAAAUAAGACGUUUGAAUGGCCGGUAGGUCGAGCUGUAGAAGAAGAUGAAUUGCUAAUCAUUGAGUUGUACACCAGAAACAGGUUAUUUUCCGACAAAUUGAUAGGAUUGUAUAAGCUUGUCCUACAAAAGCUAGUGAUAGAUAGGAAAAUCUCAGUAUCCGAUAGUCUGUUGGAUGAAAAUAACCAACCAUUAUCUGCCACCGUGGAAUUCGAGGUUUCGUAUACACCACCUGAGGAAUUGAUGUCAACAUAUGACGUAUUACAAGAUGAUCAGCAAAUGCUCAUUGAUAUUGAACAGAAUAUAGCUAAUAUUGAACAAAGUAUGAUAGUGAACGCGCGCGAACCAAUUCCAUUGCAGUCAAAGUCUAUUUCUGUAGAUCGCAAGAUUCUAGAUAGGAAAAAAGCGACAUUGAGAGCUGUAAGGAAUUUAGUUAGAUUUGGAAAACAACGACUACCAAAGGACAGUGACAACGAAGAUGAAAUCGCUAAUUUUAUAGAUGAGAUUAAAGGAAAUUCACAGGAAUCAGAAGCCGAUCAGAAUUAUUUAGCUGGCCUCGGUAGCCCAAUAUCGAUGAGUUGUAACGAGGGAGAAACUUCAACGGAUGCCUUAAUCGAACGACAGAAAAAAAGUUCGAGAAUGAAAGCAGACUUCAAAAGUACAGUAGCAGCAAUGUUAAAAUCACAAAAUUUCCAAGUGUGCUUGACAAUAAUUGAAGCUAGACAACUGGCUGGAAUUAAUAUGGAUCCAAUUGUUUGUAUCCAAGUGGGAGAUCAAAAGAAAUAUACGAGUGUAAAGGAGAGUACAAAUUGUCCAUAUUAUAAUGAGUACUUCGUUUUCGACUUCCAUAUGCCGCCAAUCAUGUUAUUCGACAAAAUAAUCACCCUUUCGGUGUUGCAGUCUCGGAACUUUCUCAGGGGUAAGAAAUUUUUGGGAAGCUUUAAAUUUGACGUCGGCACAGUGUGGGCUGAACCAGAUCACCAGUUCUAUCAUAAAUGGGCCGUUCUUACUGAUCCCGAUGACAUUGCUGGCGGUCCUAAAGGAUACUUGAAGUGUGAUAUAAGUGUAAUUGGUAAAGGAGACAGCGUCAAGGUACCUCCCAAAAGCGAUAAAGAUGAGGAUGAUAUUGAAGCUAAUUUACUUCUUCCCGAUGGAGUUCCCACGGAUAGACAAAAAGCUCGAUUCAUUGUGAAAAUUUAUAGAGCUGACGGAUUGCCGAAAAUGAACUCCUCGAUAAUGGCCAACGUGAAAAAAGCAUUUACGGGAGAGCUUAACGACCUUGUCGAUCCAUACGUGCAAGUAUCCUUCGCUGGUUUGAUGGGCAAAACAAGCGUGGUAAAGCACAGUUAUGCACCGGUAUGGAACGAACAAUUAAUUUUCACGGAAAUGUUUCCGCCCCUUUGUCAGCGGAUAAAAAUUCAAUUGAGAGCUGACGAUCCAGUGAAACCGACGGUCAUCGGAACCCAUUUUAUAGACUUAAAAACUAUUUCCAACGAUGGCGAAAAGGGUUUUCUCCCGACAUUUGGUCCAUCUUUCAUCCACAUGUAUGGAUCUACAAGAGAUUACAGUCUUAUUGACGAACAUUCUAGUUUGAAUACGGGGCUAGGAGAAGGUGUGUCUUAUAGAGCUCGUCUCCUAGUUUCAAUACGAACUGAAAUCACUGAUAGUAUUGACCUUUCACCGGUAGCAAUAGAGCUAGAACCUAUUAUACCAAUCAAUGAAGCUUUCUAUGCUAAAAACGAGGAAUUUUUUCUAUUCGCCACCAUUUUAGAUGCUUCUAUUUUAGAAAAGAAGUUGGGAGAUAAAGCUGUGCAUUUUGAAAUCAGUGUCGGUAACGCUGGAAAUUCUAUGGAUGGACACAAUCAAUCUACUAGAGAACACUACGAUUCUGACAAUGAGGAACUGGAGGUAGUUACAACAGAAAGUGCCUCUUGGCAAAGCACAACGACUCCUACCAAACCAAUGACUCAUGAUAAGGCGUUUUACUUCUUACCUUAUUGGGAUAACAAACCCUGUAUGCACAUUAGAUCGGUGUGGCCAGAUCAUCGGAGACGAAUGUACAAUUCAAAUAUCAUUACAAAGCUCGUAGAACAUUUCGAAGACGGGUUGUCGGAAGUGAAUUCAGCGGUAGAAGCCGAGGAUCCUGAUAUGGAGAUUCAACUCAAACGAGUUUUAGAUGACCUUUCGACGAGAUGUGCUAAGUAUAUUAUUCUAUCGAAAGCGUCUUUGAGUGAGGCGGAAACUGGAAAGACUAAACUUGAUAAGGAACAUCUGAAAUUAUGUCAAAGAGAAAUUGAACAAAUUGGUAACUCUGCAAGAAAUCUCAAAGCACUCGUCACAAAAAAUUCGUUCAAAGAGAGACUCAAAUCGGCCCAGAAAUGUCUCGGAAGAUUGAAGAUCCUCGUAGAAGAUCCACAACAUGCUCUGCCAGAUGUUUUCCUUUGGAUUAUUAGUCGAGGAAAGAGACAGGCGUACCAACGUAUACCCGCUAGAGAUAUUAUCUACUCUCCCGUCGAAGAAGAAUGCGGAAAAGAUUGCGGAAAAGUUCAAACGAUGUUCUUGAAGUUGCCAGGAAAAAAAGCUAUGGGACCGAGUGGUUGGUCCAUCCCUGCUAAGCUAGAAAUAUUUUUAUGGCUUGGUUUACUUAAACAUAAAAAAGAUCUCUUUAAUGGUUUGCCGGGCGGUUACGAGCAUACUCAAGAAAUCAAAAACAUUGAAAGACCCCGAGCUUUACCGCCAAAUACGAUUCAUUACAUAGAAAAACACCUGUUUCAACUACGUGCUCACAUUUACCAAGCAAGAUCCCUUAUAGGAAGCGAUGCUUCGGGCCUGUCGGACCCUUUUGCAAGGAUAAUUGCUGGCGAAUUUAGUAAAACUACUCAAGUAAUAGAUGAAACCUUGAGUCCAACCUGGGAUGAACUUUUAAUUUUCGAAGAGAUACUGAUCUACGGCGAUGGUGAUGAAAUAAAAAACGAUCCGCCACCGAUCAUUAUCGAAAUAUUCGAUCAGGAUAAAGUUGGUAAAAGUGAAUUCAUUGGAAGAACAUUAGCAAAACCCAAUGUUAAACUUAAGGAAGAUGCUUAUUGUAAGCCAAAAUUUCCACCUUCUCUUGAAUGGUUUACCCUAACGAGAGGUACAGAUGGAAGAGCCGGAGAACUCCUAGCCGCAUUCGAACUUUUGGAAAAACCAAAUGACACUGAAGGUUCACUACCGUCAUUGCCUAAUCCUAAGGAUAUUCCGAUACAUCACGAGACAGAUACGAAGCGACUUGGUACUGUUUUACCAGUUCCAAGAGGAAUCCGCCCAACUUUGGCUAGAUAUAGAAUAGAAGUGUUGUUUUGGGGUUUACGAGAUUUGAAACGAGUCCAUUUUUUAACUGUCGAUAAACCGAGAAUAGAUAUUGAAUGCUCUGGAAAUAUCUUAUAUUCUACUAUCAUUCAAAAUAGAAAAAAAAAUCCUAAUUUCAGUACGCUUGUUAGGUUUUUAGACUUGGAUUUGCCGGAGCAAGAGCUGUAUAGACCGCCUGUUACGAUCAGAGCUGUAGACUGCAGGAGUUUUGGUCGAUACACCUUAGUAGGUACACACAUCAUUAAUUCCAUUCAUAAAUAUAUUUACAAACCAAUGACGAAAAAAGAUAGAGAAGCUGAAGAGAGAAAAAAAUCUUUAAAUCAGUUAAGACCCAGCGUUAACAAUAUACAAAGUAAUCUAGUUUCUCCAACAAAUAUAGAGAAUCUUGCUAGUGAUAAGGAAAAAAGUCCUCUACUACCUAAAGAUACUUCAGGUCACACGGAUUACGGUACACAAGAAGGAACAAAAAAAAUGAAGACUGAAAUAAAUAAGAAACGAAAACAAAGUAUAGACGAAGAAUUAGAUGAUGAAGAAGACACAAAAGACUGGUGGACAAAAUACUUUUUGUCGAAAGAGCGAGCUUUAAUAGAAUUAAAUGAGAUAAAGAACAUUUUGAAUCAAAGUGGUAACCUGCCAGUUCGAACUGAUAAUAAAGAUUCUCAAUUUGGAAAUGCUUCUAUUAGAACUUCUGGUCAAGAGGAGAACAAAAAGCGAUUCACUUUCAAAUCAGUUGCAACGGCAUCGAGGUUUGCUGCGAGAAUCAGUCCAAAGCAUACAGGAAAAUCUCCUAGUCGAAAGACAGCACAAUGCAAGGUUUACGACACCGAAUUGGAAAGUAGACCAGAAUUUGACGAAUUUAAAGAAUGGUUGCACACAUUUCCAUUGUAUAGAGGUAAAAAGACUGUUGAUGACGCUGAAGAUGAUAGUAGAAUUGUAGGGUAUUUUAAAGGAGCAAUACAAGUAUACAAAUGGCCUCUACCGAAAGAUAUAGACGACAAAACAAUAAUGGGAUUUGAUCCACAUCUAGGACUAUUUCAAGGACUACCAUCCAACGAACCAAUAAAAGUUUUGGUUCGCAUUUACAUAGUAAAGGCCAUAGAUUUGCAUCCUAUGGAUUUGAACGGAAAGGCGGAUCCGUACAUUGUAUUACAACUAGGAAGUAAAAAAAUAAGUGAUAAAGACAACUAUGUUUCAAAGCAGCUGAAUCCCGUAUUCGGAAAAUGUUUUGAAAUCGAAGCUACUUUUCCUCAAGAUUCUGUACUGACGGUUCAAAUUUACGACUGGGAUUUGGUCAGUUCUGACGAUAUGAUAGGUGAAACGAAAAUUGACUUAGAAAAUCGUUUUUACAGUCGUCAUAGAGCAAGCUGUGGCCUGGCUGAAGUUUAUGAAGAAGAUGGUUACAACGCUUGGAGAGACGCUUUGAAACCGACGCAAAUCCUUGCAAAACUUUGCAAAGAUGCCAAAGUGGAAUCUCCUGUAUACGCUGAUGGAAUGGUUAAAAUUGGAAAACAAAUAUUUUUCGUUAAUACUAGUACCAAUGAAAUUGUAAGAACUAAAGAGACGGAGGAACAUAUGGCACUGGAAGUAUUACACAGGUGGCACGAAUUUCCUAAAAUAGGUUGUCAUCUUGUACCUGAACACGUUGAAACGCGACCCAUAUACAAUCCGCAAAAACCUGGUAUCGAACAAGGUAAAAUAGAAAUGUGGGUAGAUAUGUUUCCAAUGGAUAUGCCUUUGCCGGCAUCUAAGCUGGAUAUUUCACCAAGAAAACCUAAAAGCUACGAAUUAAGAGUUAUCAUUUGGAAUACCGAUGAUGUCGUUCUGGAAGACGACGCUUUUUUUACAGGAGAGAAAAUGUCUGAUAUCUACGUAAAAGGGUGGUUAAAGGGACAAGAUGACUGCCAAUGUACAGAUAUUCAUUACCGAUCUUUAACAGGAGAGGGUAACUUCAACUGGAGAUUCAUCUAUCCUUUCGACUACUUAGUAGCCGAGCAAAAAAUCGUAAUUACUAAAAAAGAAUCACUUUUCUCGUGGGAUGAAACUGAAUCAAAAAUUCCUGCUCGCUUAGAGUUGCAAGUAUUUGAUGCAGAUCAUUUUUCAGCCGACGAUUUUCUUGGGGCAAUCACUCUUGAUCUUAACAAAUUUCCCCGUGGUGCAAAAUCUUCGAAACUUUGCAGUUUGGAUAUGUUAAAAACUGAUGGAUCUGUUCCUAUGAUAAACAUUUUUAAACAAAAAAGGGUCAAAGGCUGGUGGCCAUUUUUCGUUAAAAAGGACAAUGAAGAAAUGGAAUUAACAGGCAAAGUAGAAGCUGAGAUUCAUUUACUAACUAGCGAAGAAGCAGAAAAAGCACCAGCUGGUUUAGCAAGGAAUGAGCCGGAUGCCCUGGACAAGCCAAACCGACCUGAUUCGUCUUUUAUUUGGUUUAUGAAUCCUUUGAAGUCACUUCGGUACAUACUGUGGCACAAUUAUAAGUAUACAAUUCUCAAAUUGUUUAUAAUCGCAGCUCUAACGGCUAUCUUAUUAUUAUUUUUCUAUUCAAUACCCGGUUAUACUGUGAAGAAGAUUAUCGGAGCUUAAAAAGAUCUUAUUAUUAAUAAAUAAAUACAAUAAACUAGGUAAGUCUCAAAUCAGAUGAAUGAGCACCAAAUGGAAGCGAGGUUGUAAUAAAAAUACAGAAGACACUGAAAACCGCCCAGUUCAAUAUUUGUUAAUAUUUACUAGACUUAAUAGAGAAGGAACAGAAGUCAAUCAAACUAACUACUAAACUACAAUGAAUCGAUCUAUUUUUCUAGCAAAUAUUGCCUUAAUUAAUUCUAUUUAUAAUUUUCUUUACCUUUUUACUUCUUAGACCUUUCGAUAUAUCUGAAUUAUCUGGUGGAGAGUACAGAAGCUUACUCUCUAUUGGCAUACUUCUUCAACACUAUAGGCUGACAUUUACUUCAACUUCUAAGGAAUAUCUUGGCCUCCAACAUCAUAGAUUCUAUUACAGUUUGCAUCGACGAAUCACUACGUUCGCCAAGUUAUUCGCAUUUGUGACUCACUGAUCUAUCGAUUAGGAGAGCCUGAGAUGAAGAAUACGGGGCUUCCUAGUCUUUAAAUCUGCAUUCAUCCACCUAAACAUAAUUCUCUGUAGGUGAAUAAAACAAAUUAUUGAGAUCAAACUGCGUGGAUCCAAUUUUCUUGUAAAACCUUUUAACGGCAUAUAUACAUUUCGUUAUCUUAGUCACUUUCCAGUUUUAUUUCUCUAUAUUUUACUAGCUAAGAGAAAGGAUAAUUUACUUUGAACAGAGUACAACAUUUGGUUAGUGAAGCUUUAAACAUGAUUGUAGCAUUAUUGAAAUCAAUUUAUAACUUUAGUACCAUUAGUAAACUGUUUACUGAGAUAGAAGACACAUAGUUAUGUCCCAUUACAUAAAAAACAUUUGUAAUUUUUUGAGACCAUACAAAGGUUUAAAAUAAAUGUAGACAUCGAUUUUCUAAGAGUUACUAGACUGAAAAACUUUCUUGGUAAAAAUGUUGAUAGUUUUAGAGGUAUUGAGAAUAAGCACUAUCUAUAAGAUAACUUAGAGUCUAUUAAUAGUAAUACUGAUAAAUCUCAAUAUGAGCCUUUCUUGUUUUCAGAGAUGCACAAGUCAUUCAAUCAAUUUCUACUUGUGAUUUGGUCAAAUAUACUCGUAUGAAACUGUAAACGCAUUAGAGUUUUUUGUCUAAUACGUUACAAAACUUAUAUACACUUCAUAUACAAAGUAAAUCAAAAACUAUUGAAGAUAAUCGUAAUAACUUCAUAUACUUUUUCAAAAAGUAAUUUCCAACACUAUUACUAAGAGUCUUGCUAGCAAAACAAAUUUUGCACAUUCUUCUCCACCAAAUAGCAAUUUAGGAUGAUUUUUCAUUAGCUUUUAAUCUUUCUUCGUGGAGAUGGGCUCUCAUAUGAUCCUGUCAUUGAAAAUUCUAGUAAUAUUUUCAUUCUUGACACAUUAACUGCAACAACAAAACAAUGAAUGUGCCUUAUUUUUCACACUAAACAAAGCUCUUUAGUACUAAAUUUCAAAAACGAUCGUAUUAAGGAAAAGCGAAUGAUCAUUAAGAAGCAAUAAUACAAUUUUUUCAUUAGCUUCCGACAAGUAACGCGGCUAUUUAUAUAUUUUUCGAUGUUACUAGAACACGGGUCGUCUGGGUUAGCAGUAUUACACUACUUUACCAAGCUCAGAAUGAGUAGUAUUUUCGGGCAUUCAUACCAGUUACACCAGUGUAUACAAUCUCUUCCAUGUUUCAAGCUUCUCUAGAAACUAUUUUAAGUUGAGGUAGUGGAAAACGUCUCGAGCUAUAAUCUAAAAAAUAUUUGCGCAUACCUAAAUAACAUUGAUACACAGAAUUAUUAAAAUGAGACCUGAAAAAAUCCGUUCGAUGCUAUCAUAAAUUUCCAUCUUAUAACCGAGGAGAAAUAGGUUUAAAAUUACGUUAUAAUUUUAUUUAAAAAUUGAUUGAUUUAUUAAUUACCCAAAAAGCAUUAAAAGUUUAUUUCGGGCGAAUUAAGCUAAUAUUACACUAUAUCUAAAACAAAUACAUAUUGGUAAAAAAAUAAAAUUUAAUCUGAAGUUAAUCGAUUUUAUGUAUUAGUGCUAAAUCAAUAAGUAAAUCUCAAAUUUUUCUUAUAGAAGAUAAAUGAUCUAGACUUCUUGGUAAUAUACAUCAUGCAAUCAUUACAAUUUAUUGUUAUGGGUAUGAAAAAAUAUUAAUAAUAAUUAAAUGAAUCAAACAAUUGUUAUUUUAUACUGGAAAGUAACACGAUUGAAAUUAAAAUUAAAGUAAAAAGAAAACAGGAUACAUGCUGAGCUCCUAAUUUAAGUCUUCAUCGUCGUCGGCUUAUUAUCACAUUAUCUGAAAAUUCACCUCUACUAAGUUUAUUAUUAAAUCAGCCACGUUGUUCAUAAUAGGCCCUCACUAUCUACAACAAAUAUUUUCACAAAUCAUUGUCUACAAAAUUCCACUAAAUUAAUAUGACAAUAGUAACAAUUACUACAUAUAUUAAACACCUACUACUAUAACUAAGAAAAAAUUUCCCAAAACGCAACGAAAAUUACCUCACCAUUAAAGUCAGAAGAAUCCAAGUGAACGAGUGCACCAUUGAAAUUAAAAGUGCUUAAAAUUGUUAGGAUUUUAUUUAAACGUAAAAUUGUGUUCUGUGUCGGUAUGACCCAUAGCUCUACUCGGUUUCCACUACAUCUAACUAAUACUUGCCGAUAAUAACAAGUGUCCUUCUUUUUUUUAUGUUGUUUGCACGUGCCGUUGAUAAAAAAAGUGUCCCACGUGUUGAUACCAGGGAUUUAGUAAGAAGUGAAAUAAUGUGUAACUAACUGUCUGCUUUUCAGUUUUGGAUAAAAUGCAGAUGCAUUCCAUGACCUUUGAAACUCUUCAAAAAUUUUAAUAAAAACGGUUAUGGAAUAACUAUAAUUCCAAAUAUUGAGAUGUAUUAAAUUCAGUGUCUCAAUAUCUAUAUUAUGGUGUUUGUUUAUCUCAAAAUAAAGCUGGGUAGAUAACAAAAUGAAACUUUUUUGCUUUUUAGGAAUUUAGCUUUACAUAUUUUUUAGCAGAUUUAUCAUUCAUAGACCUUACAAAAAGUCAAAUAAGUAGAUUUUAUUUGUAUUGUAGUAGUAAAAUAUUGGCAAUUUGCACAAUCUACUCAGCUACAAUAGUAUUAAGAUAAAUGUAAGGAUCUGACUUGUUUUUCUAAAUUGAUGUGUUAAACAAAAAUGCCGAAAUCAGAGCAAAUAGAGCGGGUAAAUAAUAAAUAUUGUAUAGAUGAUCAGAUUCUUAUAUAACAAUAUUGUCCGUAUUUUGAACUCAAAUACUGUUGUUAGCUGUUAAUAUUUCAAUAUAAAAUACAUAUUUUAUUACAUAUUUAGGAUUAAUAAUUUCCAGUAUUUUUCAUAGACUGGAAAAUAGAAUAUUUGAUGCAAUUGUGUUUUAAAAAAAAAUUGAAUCAUGUUACACUCCUAUUCAGGAUAUUUAAAUGAAGUAUAUUUUAACCAAAAUAUGAUAAAAUAAUGUUUCUUAUCAAUUCUUGUUAAUUCUCAAUUUCUAAAAUUUAUAUAAUCAGAAUGCUGAUCAUUUUUGUUUCUAGUUGUAAUUGAUCUUGUAAAUAAUACGAAAAAAUCUUUUUAUCAUUCAAACCGUUCCAACAUAAACCAAGUUUAUUUUUUUCGCAUACCGAAGCAAUUAGGAAGAUCCAAUUUGUUUUCAAUGGUCACAUAAUAUUGUAUUUUCAUAAUUACUAUUUCUUGUCAAGAGUUUUUUAAAUAAAAAAUAUAUUUGUACGGUACACAUUUUCACCAUUUCUACUUUUGACAUAUUAAUGUCUUUAAUAGUCUGGUAUUUUUAAAUAGCAAUCUAAAGUUUUAAACUAUGUAUUAAUAAAAGUGUUAGUGGACUUAUUAUUGAAACGAAACGAAAUGACUUAUUCACUAUAUUAUUACCAAAUAUUAGAAUUGUACAAAGAAUAAAUUGUCUCAUGUUUACUCUACAAACUGAAAAACUAAUAUGGAUUCUCAACCGUUUUCAACGCAAAUUUUAAACUCUGCUAGAGCGCGCAGCGUCGCUAGAUCUGACUGAAUUAAGAUUUUAUUAAAAGUUAUCGAAUUUUAGGGAACUAUUCAGCUCCCGACGUUGAAAGGAAGCAAUACUCAUCUUAUAACUAAUACAUUGGCUCAACGGCCAGAAUUAUAAACAAAUGCUUAAAAAUAACAGAACCGAAACGAAAUAAAGGAAACUUCUUUAUUAAAUGAAUGAUAAUUCAUUGCACAAAGGAAGUGGACACACUUUCACUAUGGAACGCUUUAUAACAACUAGUUUGGUUUUAACCGACACAACGCGGAUGAUUUUAUCUUUGCCGGGAUGAACAUUUACGAUGCGUCCGAGACACCACUACUAGCACUAAAGUACCUACACUGAUUUGUCCUUGUGGACUUUUCCACUUGAAACGUUGUUGAAUCUGAGAUAGAUAUUCCUUUGACCACCUAGUCCAAAAAUGCUGUUUAAGUAACUCUAACUGUUGAAAAUGCGAAAGUCUAGUUGCAGAGGUGUGCUAAUAAUGUGGAACAGGGAUAGACAAAAUUGAGUGGCCAAUUAGAAAAUGAGCAGGUGUUAACACCUCCAGAUCAUUAGGAUCAGUUGAAACCGGGGUUAAAGGAUUAGAAUUUAAUAUGCUCUCAAUUUGAGCUGUCACAGUAUAAAAACUCUCAAAAGUCAAAAUAGUAUCAACUAAAACUCUCUUGAUGUGAUGUUUUGCCGACUUGACUCCUGCUCCCCAGAGACCUCCUUGAUGAGGGGAAUACGCCGGAAUAAAAUGUCAUUUGAUGUCAUGUGCAUUACCGAUCUUUUCGAUCAAUGAAGUUUCGUUACCCUUAAGAAACAAUGACAACUCGCGUAUGGUGUUGUUAGCUCCAACAAAGUUGUUGCCAUUGUCGCUAUAAAUGUGGGACGGCUUUCCUCUGCGAGCAAUGAACCGCUGUGGAUUUUCAGUGUAGAUUCAGUGCUCAACAAGGAUACAAAUUCCAGGUGAACCGCCUUCGUUACAAGACAUAUAAAUAAGUCGAAUUAACAUUUAGUGACCCUCAUUCCUUGCGAUCCUUUUUGAUAAACGAACCUGCAUAGUCAACUCCCGUAUCAGUAAAGGGAAAACUUGGAUUGAUCCGAACAUUAGGUAAAUUUCAAUCUUUUUCGCGUACCUGCGACUGGCCAAUACUGUUCUAGAACAUGAGCUAAUUAUGCUUGGGGACCACAAUGAAAAAGAUUUAUAUGUUCAUGAUGCAUAAUGAAGUAAGUGAGAUGGUGUUUGGGUGAUAAGAGUGCAGGAUGCUUUUUAUCGAAUAAAUACAAAGAGGCGACCUUCUACUAUUAUUAUUUACCCGUCGAGAAAUGGGGAUAACUAAACAAUGAAUAAUUGAAAUCAAGGAAUAAAAAUGGAUAUUACACGAUGCCUUAUAUUAUAAAUGACUGACCUUAUCCUACACCCGUAACAACCUGUUCAGUUCUGGAGACCCAGGCGUGAUGCGUUAUAAAGUUUGACAGGGAUCCGUUGUCAAGAAGAGCACGGCAGGUAUGCUUAUUUCCAUAAACAUCGAAAACACCAACUAGAGCUGUUGAUAACAAGGCGUGCCCUGUGCAUACAGCAUAUCAGCUGUAGGAUUGGAGUGAAUGAGCCUGACCUUGUUGAUUAAAAAGGCUGGGCUUUAAAUGCAAUAGAAUUUAAAGACAUGGAGUUAUCGUGUGAAAUAGAAUUAUGUUUCUCUGGAUAAAUACGACAAUGUCUAUAAUUGCACUUUUCUAAGGAAUGAUUUGGCUGCAGACAAUUAGUGCAUAAUUGUAUAUCUGUUAUCUUUUUCUUUCGAUUGUUAAUGUUGAGAGAUAGAGAGGCCUUACACUUAAAUAUCGAAUGAGGUUUUUUGCAAUUGAAACAGCAAAAGGUCUUUUUGUUGACAUUUGACUCUGAUUUAACUACAAACGUCUUUUGUUUUUGAACGUUAACAUUAUCUUUUAAUUUUAAUUUGUGUUUAUUAAUUUUCUCUAAAUAAUCUGCUUUAUCAGUAAUUAAAUUCAAAAAUUCUCGUAACGAAGGAAAGUCACCCUGAAUGUCGGUUUUUUCCCACUCCGCAAUAGAUUAAUUAUCGAAUUUACUUUAAAUUAAAUGAAUAAUAAGGAGCUCUAAUAAGUUAUUAUUUUCUACGCCGAAAUUAAUCAAUGAAUUUAAAUGAAUAAGAAUUGAGUCAAUUGUACCUCUGAAACUUUGAGGAUCUCAUUUUAACUCUUUGAACUUGAAAAAUGCUUUAAUAUGGCUAUCUACCAAGAGCUGUUUGUUGUUAAAACGUAAAAAGUCUAUGCCUUUAAUACAUUGAACGGCAGAACCUACCAAUGACGCCCUCAAGUAAUGGAACUUUUGGAUUGGUUCAAUGUCAGUAUUAAUAUGAAUGAGUGAUACAAAUAAAUCUCUGAACUCGAUCCAUUGCUCACUAAUUCCCGAGAAUUUUGGUAACUCAAUUGUAGGAAGUUGACAACAGGAUUCUUAGGAGCAGGGUCUAUGACGGACGGCACUGGGCUAUUUAAACUUAUUGCAGAUGAAUUAUUACAAAGUUUUUGUUUUGAAAGGUAAUUUUUAUCUGAUGAAAUCUGAUGAAACAUCAUAGUAAGUAUCUUCGAAUUGCUUCGUAUCUGUUUCAUUGAAAUUUACACAAUCUAAAUUUUCCAAUUGAAAUUGAAUAUCAGCAAAAUUUAUUAAUAAAUAAGCUUCUAUACUGCUAAUUCGCAUUUCAAAAUGAGACAAUGUUUCAUCAUCAGUCUUUAAAAGAUUCAAAAUAGGUUUUAAAACGAAUUAAACUUCCUUAUAAGCCACAUCUCCUGUUGACUAACCUUGCAAUUUUUGCAUCAGCUGUCUCAUUAUCGGAAACAGGCAUUUUUUUAAUAAUAAAUGUAAAUGUAAAGAUAAAUGUCUAGCCAGAUGAAAUAAAUAAUGUUGAAUACUAUUUUUAAUACUAUGCGCAUACCAUAAAAUACAAAAAAUCUUUUAUCCCGAUUUUCAAUAGCAUGCAAACAAAAAUAAAAUAAUACCACAAAAUAAAUAUAAUAUUAAUGUUCUGUGGUCAAAGGAUACUUAUGUACUUCUACUUCUAAAAAAAUGAUGAAGAACGUUCCCAAUCACGCUUUAGUUGGAUAUUAUGGAUAUUACAGCAACAAAGCUCUGGAUUCGUUAAUAAAAUUCAAAUAAAGUUAGUACGCUGAACUCCACGCUACUGGAAUGUACCUGUUUAUAAAACAACGGAGGUAUGUAGGUAACUUGCGUUACCUAUUGUCUGACGAAUUAAAGCACUUUAAAUAGAUGCACUGUUUUCAAGGAAUCUAAUGCACUAUAUGCUUUUGAAAAAUGAUUUAAACUAAUUUAAUCCGAUCAAAUGACCAUAAAUUAUGUUAGUAAGUGGACUGUAAUUAUUGAAACUAAACGAAAUGUCUGAUUCACUAUAUUAUUACCAAAUAUUAGAAUUGUACAAAGUAUAAAUUGUCACACGCUACAAACUGAAAAACGAAUAUGGCUUUGCCACGCUUGCAGCGUUGCCAGAUCUGGCUGAAUUAAGAUUUUACUAAAAGUUAUGGAAUUUUAGGGAAAUACUCAGAACAAAAAGUACGAAACAAAUAAUUGUAAAUUGUGUUGAAACACUAUAACAAACAAAAAGAUUUAAAACACAUUGUAUCAUAUUCAUUUACUGUGAUGUUCACAAGUUGUAUGUUAAUAGGAACUUAGAACAAUCCAAUCAGAGAAUUAAAGUUACACCAUACAAUUGUAUAACGGUACAAGUUUAUGCAUAAUACCACGAAAGUACAUAAUAAGCUCAUUCAUGAUUGGUCAAUGUAAAAGCUAUUUUGUCUCCUGUAUAUAUUUUUUCAGUUUGGCAAACUGAUCUUUUCCUCCUGUGGAAAUUUCUGUUCAUAGAUAUACCUGACAAAAACGUUGAUUAUUUAAUACUUGGCUCAAAAGAUAAUAUGUGAUGUAAAACGAGUAUAUAAUAUCCAGAUCAACUCAACAGCAAUUGUAAUGAAUUUGAAACCAGAAGGAUAAGUUUAUCUAGUCGAAAUUCAACAUGAGAACUACAGAAGCAACUCGAUUUCCUUUCUCUAAUUAUUCAGCCAUGAUCUAACAGUCACUUAGAUUCAGGAUAAGGGAAAUAGAAUUGUACAGGAUAAUUGUUCUCGUGAAAUAUGCUUCGAUUCUCUGAUUACAUUUUAUUGGGCAAACGAAAUAACAAAAUUUUAAAGAUAAAAUAUUUGAAAUUUCAACUCAAUCAAAACGUGUGAUAUAUUGUUUUAGCUAUGCACAUUCGAAAACUAAUUAUAGAAUGUUGUUGAUAGACGUUCUAGUGAGCUUUAAUAUUUUACAUAUUGAAAUAUCAAAUCUGUAUAAAUAUUUAUAUUUUAAAACUUUUUGCAUGUGAUGAUUGAAAUUUUAUGAACGUUCAUAUUGA